UGGAAAAUCCCAUGGACGGAGAAGCCUGGUAGGCUGCAGUCCAUGGGGUCAUGAAGAGUCGGACAUGGCUGAGCGACUUCACUUUCACUUUUCACUUUUAUGCAUUGGAGAAGGAAAUGGCAACCCACUCCAGUGUUCUUGCCUGGAGAAUCCCAGGGAUGGGGUCGCACAGAGUCGGACACAACUGAAGUGACUUAGCAGUAGCAGUGGGCCUAAGGGUAUUUUUGUCAUCAUUUUUCCCACCUGUGUCUGUCAGUUCCUCCCCACUCGCCUCCUCCCGUGACAGCCUGGCUCAUGUUUCUCAGGAAAGCGCUAAGCCAGUUAUUAAUAACAGCCCAGCAAGUCUCCUGAGCCACCUAGGAGCAGAUGGUGUUUUUCACAAAAGAGAGAGAUCAUCUCCUUGACUUUGGACUUCGCUUAUUGAACCCCUGAACAGAACCAAGGUUGCUAAGAGACCACCUGUGCUGAAUGCACUUUGUCCCAGGAAGAGCAGCCAGAGAGAAAACCAAGGAGCAGCAUUAUCUACCACUGCCCGGAUUAAAUCAGGAAGCUGAAGCAUUUUGGAUAUGACGUGUAAAAAUUGGAUAUUAAUUUCUACUACUACCCCCACAAGUCUAGAAGAUGAAAUUGUGGGAAGACUUCUAAAAAUUUUGUUUGUAAUCUUUGUUGACUUCCUGUCUAUUAUAUAUGUUGUUAUAACUUCUUAGAAAACUGACUUCCUUUACUUUACUUGUGAAUUUCAUA